CCGGAAGUAGACCCGCACUGGAUGAUAAUAAAUACCAACUGCAACUUCAGCGUAGCAUGCGCCUCGCAAGAGCGAUCUAAAAGCGCACCGCAAAUAGAUGUCUUCGCGGCACGCUGGCGCUUCGCAUGGUCUCGCCCGCGGCGCCAGUUGGUGCGUCUUAGUCGGCCGCGGCGCUGUUGUCGGGCCGGAUCCAGGGGCGGCGCUGUGGCUUCGCGCCCGCGCGAGCGCAAGGGCUUGCAGUUUUUUGCUGACCGGCGGUCUUCGGCAACAGUCAGAACUUGCUGCCGCCGCCGCAGGGGCCGGGGAAGAAUGCGGCCGGAAAUCUGUUUCCCGCUGGGACAGAGCGAAAAUGGCAGGACUUGCGGGCGAACAUGAAGCAGCCAGCCAGGUGGUCGACAAUCAAAGGAGGAGGCGGAGGGAACCGUGACCGGUUGAACGAGAAAUCCACUGCUCCUGCAGCAACUGGCGACGUGUUUCGGCACGAGCUGAUGGCGGUGGCGUCCGCGUUGACGAUACUGCGGGCCCCUUUCACUCCCCUGCACUGUGGGAAUACAAACUAACUAAGUACCAGCCGCGCGCGCGUGUCCCUGCGGACUUGUUGCGCCCUGCUGUGUAAGGAUACCACGGACCUCGUGCCGGGCCACCAGUGAGCAUGUAAGUUUACUCCGACUUCUCUCUGCGCCGCGAAGCCGCACUGCCUUGCUGCGUCUACGAUCCAUCCGGCGCCAGGCCCGGCCCGGCCGCCGACAUCCUCGUGAGAACAAAUGCCUUGGAAGGAAAGGAAAGAACUUCUUCGCCAGGCACAGCGGAUUGGUGCCUGCAUUGUGCGUAGCCAUCGACGCCGCCCUGUUCGUUUGGUAUUUGUUGGUAGGAGUAGAGAGCAAAAGUGAACUGCGCUUUGAACAUAGU